CGGGACGAGCCUAUCUCUGUCCUGAACGAGGGGCACUGGAGCAGCUGGUGGUGACCAUGCAAACCAGAGCCUGUCACCGUCAGGGAGGUGAGGUGCUGAUGGGUGGACAGAACCCUCACGUCUCACCCCCAGUUUUCCUGGGCGGCCACGGGGCGAGGCCGGCCUGGGCGGGCAGCGGGCGCCGCAGGGAAGAAAGAAGAAGGCCAGGUUGAAAAGGACCGGAGAAGGUGGCGUGGUUCUGGCAUUCUCAAACUUGGAGGGAUCGCCGUCACCUGACACGGGGCACAGCCUCGCGGAGCGCCGAGACGGGACCAGCAGAGAUGUUCUGAGUGCCCCGGGACCCGCCAUGCUGCGAGCCUUCCUCCCACCCACCACGCCUGGGUACCGGCCGCUGCCCAGCCGCCCCGCCGAGAUCCAGGUGGGCUUUAAGGGCACUGUGGUGCGUGAGGCUCAGCUCAGCUGUUCCUACAUCACUCUUGGAGGUCCCAGCUAUGGCAGCCCGCGCCCGGCUCACGCCAACAUGAACGCCAACGCGGCCGCGGGGCUGGCACCUGAGCACAUCCCCACGCCGGGGGCCGCCCUGUCCUGGCAGGCGGCCAUUGACGCGGCCCGGCAGGCCAAGCUGAUGGGCAGCGCUGGCAACGCCACCAUCUCCACGGUCAGCUCCACGCAGCGGAAGCGGCAGCAGUACGGGAAGCCCAAGAAACAGGGCAGCACGAUGGCCACCCGCCCGCCCCGUGCCCUGCUCUGCCUGACCCUCAAGAACCCCAUCCGGAGGGCGUGCAUCAGCAUCGUCGAGUGGAAGCCGUUUGAAAUCAUUAUUUUACUGACCAUUUUUGCCAACUGUGUGGCCUUAGCGAUCUAUAUUCCCUUUCCAGAGGACGACUCCAACGCCACCAACUCCAACCUGGAACGGGUGGAGUAUCUCUUUCUCAUCAUUUUUACUGUGGAAGCAUUUUUAAAAGUCAUAGCCUAUGGGCUCCUCUUUCACCCCAAUGCUUACCUCCGCAACGGCUGGAACUUGCUGGAUUUUAUCAUUGUGGUUGUCGGGCUUUUCAGUGCCAUCUUAGAGCAAGCGACCAAAGCCGACGGGGCCAACGCCCUGGGAGGGAAGGGGGCUGGAUUCGACGUGAAGGCGCUCAGGGCGUUCCGCGUGCUGCGGCCCCUGCGGCUGGUGUCCGGGGUCCCGAGUCUCCAGGUGGUCCUGAACUCCAUCAUCAAGGCCAUGGUGCCCCUCCUGCACAUCGCCCUGCUCGUGCUCUUUGUUAUAAUCAUCUACGCCAUCAUCGGGCUGGAGCUCUUCAUGGGGAAGAUGCACAAGACCUGCUACAACCAGGAGGGCGUCGCAGAUGUCCCAGCAGAAGACGACCCCUCCCCCUGUGCCCUGGAGACGGGCCACGGGCGGCAGUGCCAGAACGGCACGGUGUGCAAGCCGGGCUGGGAUGGGCCCAAGCACGGCAUCACCAACUUCGACAACUUUGCCUUCGCCAUGCUGACCGUGUUCCAGUGCAUCACCAUGGAGGGCUGGACCGACGUCCUCUACUGGGUCAAUGAUGCCGUGGGAAGGGACUGGCCCUGGAUCUAUUUUGUUACACUAAUCAUCAUAGGGUCAUUUUUUGUACUUAACUUGGUUCUCGGUGUCCUUAGCGGAGAGUUUUCCAAAGAGAGGGAGAAGGCCAAGGCCCGGGGCGACUUCCAGAAGCUGCGGGAGAAGCAGCAGCUGGAGGAGGACCUGAAGGGCUACCUGGACUGGAUCACGCAGGCGGAGGACAUUGACCCUGAGAACGAGGACGAGGGCUUGGACGAGGAGAAACCCCGCAACAUGAGCAUGCCCACCAGUGAGACCGAGUCUGUCAACACCGAAAACGUGGCUGGAGGUGACAUCGAGGGAGAGAGCUGCGGGGCCAGGCUGGCCCACAGGAUCUCCAAGUCGAAGUUCAGCCGCUACUGGCGCCGGUGGAAUCGGUUCUGCAGGAGGAAGUGCCGCGCGGCCGUGAAGUCGAGCAUCUUCUACUGGCUUGUCAUCUUCCUGGUUUUCCUCAACACGCUCACCAUCGCCUCUGAGCACUACAACCAACCCCACUGGCUCACGGAAGUCCAAGACACGGCCAACAAGGCCCUGCUGGCCCUGUUCACCGCGGAGAUGCUGCUCAAGAUGUACAGCCUGGGGCUGCAGGCCUACUUCGUGUCCCUCUUCAACCGCUUCGACUGCUUCAUCGUGUGCGGUGGCAUCCUGGAGACCAUCCUGGUGGAGACCAAGAUCAUGUCGCCCCUGGGCAUCUCCGUGCUGAGAUGCGUUCGCCUCCUGAGGAUAUUUAAAAUCACGAGGUACUGGAACUCCCUGAGCAACCUGGUGGCGUCCCUGCUGAACUCUGUGCGCUCCAUCGCCUCCCUGCUGCUGCUACUCUUCCUCUUCAUCAUCAUCUUCUCCCUCCUGGGCAUGCAGCUCUUUGGGGGGAAGUUCAACUUUGAUGAGAUGCAGACCCGGAGGAGCACAUUCGAUAACUUCCCCCAGUCCCUCCUCACCGUCUUUCAGAUCCUGACCGGGGAGGACUGGAAUUCGGUGAUGUAUGAUGGGAUCAUGGCUUAUGGCGGCCCCUCUUUUCCAGGGAUGUUAGUCUGUAUUUACUUCAUCAUCCUCUUCAUCUGUGGAAAUUAUAUUCUACUGAAUGUGUUCUUGGCCAUUGCCGUGGACAACCUGGCUGACGCCGAGAGCCUCACCUCUGCCCAGAAGGAGGAGGAAGAAGAGAAGGAGAGGAAGAAGCUGGCCAGGACUGCCAGCCCAGAGAAGAAACAAGAGGUGGUGGAGAAGCCGGCCGUGGAGGAGACCAAGGAGGAGAAAAUUGAGCUGAAAUCCAUCACUGCGGAUGGAGAGUCCCCCCCUGCCACCAAGAUCAACAUGGACGACCUCCAGCCCAACGAGAAUGAGGACAAGAGUUCCUACCCCAACCCGGAAACCACAGGAGAAGAGGAUGAGGAGGAGCCUGAGAUGCCCGUGGGCCCCCGCCCACGCCCCCUCUCUGAGCUGCACCUGAAGGAGAAGGCGGUGCCCAUGCCAGAAGCCAGCGCUUUCUUCAUCUUCAGCCCAAACAACAGGUUCCGUCUCCAGUGCCAUCGCAUCGUCAACGACUCCAUCUUCACCAACCUGAUCCUCUUCUUCAUCCUGCUCAGCAGCAUCUCCCUGGCUGCCGAGGACCCCGUCCAGCACACCUCCUUCCGGAACCACAUUCUGUUUUAUUUUGACAUUGUUUUCACUACCAUUUUCACCAUUGAAAUUGCUCUGAAGAUCCUAGGCAACGCAGACUAUGUCUUCACUAGUAUCUUUACGUUAGAAAUUAUCCUCAAGAUGACCGCCUACGGGGCCUUCCUGCACAAGGGCUCCUUCUGCCGGAACUACUUCAACAUCCUGGACCUGCUGGUGGUCAGCGUGUCCCUCAUCUCCUUCGGCAUCCAGUCCAGCGCCAUCAACGUGGUGAAGAUCUUGCGAGUCCUGAGGGUGCUCAGGCCCCUGAGGGCCAUCAACAGGGCCAAGGGGCUGAAGCACGUGGUGCAGUGCGUGUUCGUGGCCAUCCGCACCAUCGGGAACAUCGUGAUCGUCACCACGCUGCUCCAGUUCAUGUUCGCCUGCAUCGGGGUCCAGCUCUUCAAGGGCAAGCUGUACACCUGUUCAGACAGUUCCAAACAGACGGAGGCCGAAUGCAAGGGGAACUACAUCACAUACAAGGACGGGGAGGUGGACCACCCCAUCAUCCAGCCCCGCAGCUGGGAGAACAGCAAGUUUGACUUUGACAAUGUCCUGGCAGCUAUGAUGGCCCUGUUCACCGUCUCCACCUUUGAGGGGUGGCCAGAGCUGCUGUACCGCUCCAUCGACUCCCACACGGAGGACAAGGGCCCCAUUUACAACUACCGCGUGGAGAUCUCCGUCUUCUUCAUCAUCUACAUCAUCAUCAUCGCCUUCUUCAUGAUGAACAUCUUCGUGGGCUUCGUCAUCGUCACCUUCCAGGAGCAGGGGGAGCAGGAGUACAAGAACUGCGAGCUGGACAAGAAUCAGCGGCAGUGCGUGGAGUACGCUCUCAAGGCCCGGCCCCUGCGGAGGUACAUCCCCAAGAACCGGCACCAGUACAAGGUGUGGUACGUGGUCAACUCCACCUCCUUCGAGUACCUGAUGUUCGUCCUCAUCCUGCUCAACACCAUCUGCCUGGCCAUGCAGCACUACGGUCAGAGCUGCCUGUUCAAAAUCGCCAUGAACGUUCUCAACAUGCUGUUCACCGGCCUCUUCACGGUGGAGAUGAUUCUGAAGCUCAUCGCCUUCAAGCCCAAGGGCUACUUUAGUGACCCCUGGAAUGUCUUUGACUGCCUCAUCGUAAUUGGCAGCGUAAUUGACGUCAUUCUCAGUGAGACGAAUCACUAUUUCUGUGAUGCAUGGAACACAUUUGACGCCUUGAUUGUUGUGGGUAGCAUUGUUGAUAUAGCCAUCACCGAGGUAAACCCAGCUGAACAUACCCAAUGCUCUCCCUUUAUGAACGCGGAAGAGAACUCCCGCAUCUCCAUCACCUUCUUCCGCCUCUUCCGGGUCAUGCGCCUGGUCAAGCUGCUGAGCCGUGGGGAGGGCAUCCGGACGCUGCUGUGGACGUUCAUCAAGUCCUUCCAGGCCCUGCCCUACGUUGCUCUCCUGAUUGUGAUGCUGUUCUUCAUCUACACCGUGAUCGGGAUGCAGGUGUUCGGGAAAAUCGCCCUGAAUGACACGACAGAGAUCAACAGGAACAACAACUUCCAGACCUUCCCCCAGGCCGUGCUGCUCCUCUUCAGGUGCGCCACCGGGGAGGCGUGGCAGGACAUCAUGCUGGCCUGCAUGCCAGGCAAGAAGUGCGCCCCCGAGUCAGAACCGGGCAGCAGCGCUGAGGGGGAGACGCCCUGCGGCAGCAGCUUCGCUGUCUUCUACUUCAUCAGCUUCUACAUGCUCUGCGCCUUUCUGAUCAUCAACCUCUUCGUAGCCGUCAUCAUGGACAACUUUGACUACCUGACAAGGGACUGGUCCAUCCUGGGUCCCCACCAUCUGGACGAAUUUAAGAGAAUCUGGGCGGAGUAUGAUCCUGAAGCCAAGGGUCGCAUCAAACACCUGGAUGUGGUGACCCUGCUCCGGAGGAUUCAGCCGCCCCUGGGCUUUGGGAAGCUGUGCCCUCACCGUGUGGCUUGCAAACGCCUGGUCUCCAUGAACAUGCCCCUGAACAGCGACGGGACGGUCAUGUUCAACGCCACCCUGUUUGCCCUGGUCCGGACGGCCCUGCGGAUCAAAACGGAAGGGAACCUGGAACAGGCCAACGAGGAGCUGCGGGCCAUCAUCAAGAAGAUCUGGAAGCGGACCAGCAUGAAGCUGCUGGACCAGGUGGUGCCGCCUGCGGGAGAUGACGAGGUCACGGUGGGCAAGUUUUACGCUACUUUCCUGAUCCAAGAGUAUUUCCGGAAAUUCAAGAAGCGCAAGGAGCAGGGCCUGGUGGGCAAGCCCUCCCAGAGGAACGCCCUGUCCCUGCAGGCUGGUCUGCGCACCCUGCAUGACCUCGGGCCCGAGAUCCGCCGGGCCAUCUCCGGGGACCUGACCGCCGAAGAGGAGCUGGACAAGGCCAUGAAGGAGGCUGUGUCCGCCGCCUCGGAAGAUGACAUCUUCAGGAGGGCCGGCGGCCUGUUCGGCAACCACGUGGGCUACUACCCCAGCGACAGCCGGAGCACCUUCCCCCAGACCUUCACCACCCAGCGCCCUCUGCACAUCAGCAAGGCGGGCACCAGCCAGGGCGACGCGGAGUCGCCCUCCCACGAGAAAUUGGUGGACUCCACCUUCACCCCCAGCAGCUACUCGUCCAUGGGUUCCAACGCCAACAUCAACAACGCCAACAACACCGCCCUGGGCCGCUGCCCCCGCCCCGCCAGCCAGCCCGGUGCCAUCAGCGUCAGCACUGUGGAGGGCCGUGGGCCCCCCUUGUCCCCUGCUGUCCGGGUGCAGGGGGCCUCGUGGAGGCUCAGCUCCAAGAGGUGCCCCUCCCGGGACAGCCUGAUAGCCAUGGUGUGUCAGGAGGAGGCUCCUCGGGAUGAGACUUGUGACCUGAGGGCGGAUGAGGACGCCGAGUACGGCAGCGAGCCCAGCCUGAUCUCCACGGAGAUGCUCUCCUACCAGGACGACGAGAAUCGGCAGCUGGCGCCCCCCGAGGAGGACAGGAGAGACGUCCGUCUCUCUCCGAAGAGGGGCUUCCUGCGCUCCGCCUCCCUAGGUCGAAGGGCCUCCUUCCACCUUGAGUGUCUGAAGCGACAGAAGAAUCCCGGGGGAGACAUCUCUCAGAAGACAGUCCUGCCCCUGCAUCUCGUUCACCAUCAGGCGCUGGCGGUGGCGGGCCUGAGCCCCCUCCUGCAGAGAAGCCAUCCCCCUGGCGCCCUCCCCCCGCCGCAUGCCACGCCCCCUGCCACGCCAGGCCCGGCCUGGCCCCCGCGGCCUGUGCCCACACUGCGGCUGGAGGGGGCCGAGUCCAGCGACAAGCUCACCAGCAGCUUCCCAUCCGUCCACUGCGGCCCCUGGGCCGGGGAGCCCACGCCCUGCGGGGCCGGCGGCGGCAUCCGGAGGGCCCGGCCCGUGUCCCUCACUGUGCCCAGCCCGGCGGGGCCCCGGGGCCGGCCCUUCCACGGCAGCGCCAGCAGCCUGGUGGAGGCGGUCUUGAUCUCAGAAGGACUGGGGCAGUUUGCUCAGGAUCCCAAGUUCCUCGAGGCCACCACCCAGGAGCUGGCCGACGCCUGCGACAUGACCAUCGAGGAGAUGGAGAGCGCGGCCGACAACAUCCUUAGCGGGGGCGCCCGGCAGAGCCCCAACGGCACCCUGCUCCCGUGUGCAAACUGCAGGGACCCGGGGCCAGACCGAGAGGGGGGCGCGGAGGACGCGGCCUGGGCGCCCAGCCCCGAGCCCCGCCAGGGCGGAGAGGAGCCCCGGGACAGCAGGGCCUUCGCCAGCAGCCUGUAGCAGCCGGGCCGGAGAUGCCGGGUUUUUAUUUGUCUCCAUGUUCCUAAUGGGUCCGUUUCAGAAGUGCCUCACUGUUCUCGUGACCUGGAGUUAACCGGAACAGCGUCUUCAUUCAUUUCGUAGGGACAAGACCGAGUCGGCGGCCGGGAGAGAAGCAGCCGCGGUCCGAGUCCGGCGGGGAGCGGUGGGGGGAGGGCACGGGCACCAGGGAGGGGGCCCCCGCGGCCGCCUCGGCUCCCUCAGCCCUCGCCCAAAGGACCCUACGCCAAACGGGUGUCUUUCAACUCUGCUUGUCAAGAACUCAUUUUGCACAUAUUCUGUAUGAGCCUCACUGUCGCCAUAGAGCCAGGGCCCUGUGCCUUCACGGAAGGAAGGAGGCCCCGGCCGGGCCCUGGGAAGGGGGGGGGGCGCUGCAGCUCCAAGCCAAGGCUGGCCACCGCCCCCUGCGCCACCCGUGUCUGGACCCCCUUCCCACCCGGCCAUGGUCACAGCCACGCCACUCCGUCGGCGCCGGGGGAGGGGCGCGCCCGCCGGGACAAGACCGGUGGUGCUGAGCGUCUGUCCAGCGCUCUUCUGUUUGGGGGUUUGACAUUUUUCUUCACCGCAUGUUGCAGUUUUCAUUUGGGGGGUUUCGUUUUUUUAUACUUCUGUUUUCCCAGGGGGAGGGGAGGGAGAAGGGUGUUUACAGAGUUUUGCAGCCACCCACCUUACCGGUUUCACUUUUGCAAAUGUAAAUCGGGUUCAGUUUUGUUGUAUUAUUUAACGGUCGUGGUUUCCUUUUCUACGGAGGAUCCGAUAGAGCCGCCGUGGGAGAGUUUGACCAGCCGUUGUGUAUGCCCAAUAGUUUGCUAUCAUUUCCUGAGGUAGCGACAAGAUUUCUUCUGUUUGGUUUCAUAAUUUAAAGGUGAUCAGCAAUGCACUUGGUAGGGUCUUGCACAAACGUGUGUAGUAGCGUGUGCCCGAGAGAGGAAGCAGCACGAGGUCUCUGCGAGUGUGUGUGCCGUGUGUACGGUGGGUUGUGUGUGUGCGGGUAUGGGCUGAGUCUGCAGCCACGCGCGCCCGGGCCGCCAGUCCGCCCGCAGUUCCCCUUGGGGCUUAAGGGUGGGGAGCUCUGAAUCUGGGGCCGUUUGAAAGCAAAAGCAAACCACUGUCUCUGCUUCUGAAACGGGAAUCAGUAACUCUGCAUUUUCUGUCCCACAAGAUAUGCAAAAACAAUGCAAUAAUAUUCAUUUUAAAAAUACAGUUGUGAGUUGUGUUGGCAUUAAAACUGUGUUUAAAAAAACCACACAGAAAUUUAAGGGAGAAACUCAGAAGGCGUUUUGCUUCGAUUUGUUCCGUGUAAUGUUUUACUGCAUUGAUGGUGUUUCUGCUGAAGAGACCGUUAUACUUGAAUUCAGGUCAGUCUCAGUAUUUUACAAAUAUUUUUUUAAAACUGAAUUGCAAUUGUGCCAAGCGAAUAUAAUGAAUUAAGUUUGUUUUUGGAUUCACUUCUUGUAUAUUUGCUGCAUGUAAGUAAAUCAUUUUGUAUUUGGAGUGUGACAAGCUUCACCUUUGAGCUCUUAAGUGCUUUUCUACAUGUGGCUGGGGAAAAAGGGGACAGCUUUUCUUGUCAUUUGUGUGACAAGUGCCGGCACUACCCGUGUGGGUCCCGACGCAGGCUUGGGCUUCACUGUUUUGCAUAUCUUGUGUUCUCUUCCGUUUCCCUCAAUUUUCCCCAGACGGGGUAAUAGGUGCAUCCGUAUCUUGCUUUGAGAGACCAGGACCCGUCUUUUCCCAGCGUCACUCUGUCUGCUCUGCCCUGGUUUUCAGAGUUGGAAUUUCUCCGGGGAGAGCCCUGCACCGUGAGGGGCCGUGAGGCGCCCUGAGCAGCCUCUUUCAUCACCGGGUCCCCCCCGGGAAAGGUGGCUGACCUUACCCUUCACCACCCCCCGCCCUGGCACAAGCGUCCCUUAGGGAAGCGCCCGCUGACCGGGAGGGUGGAGGGGAGGGGUCCUCAGCCGGACAGCAGGGACCGGAGCCAGGCAGCAGGUGACAUCCUGUCCGUCCAAAGCCAAGUCCGUCCUGCUCGCUUCUCCACCUUUCACUCAGUCUGGAGCAGGAUCUCCUCCAGCCCACCCCUCGCGGUACGGCAGCUACGGAGGGACGAGGCCGGGGGCGGGCGGCACGCGGGGAACUCGUGGUGAGGGCAGGGCCGGAGGCAUUGCGGGGGCGUCUCUCUGCCCUGCAUCCACCUGGACAUCACCCGGGUGCUACAUCCUUCAAACAGGUUCCAACAGUGACCGACUCGGGGGAAGCAGGACCCAACCGGUCAUCCAGACCUUCCCCGUUGAGUCUCUUCCAGCCCCGGGCUCGCUCAGCCCUUCUUGGCGCUGACUUCCGUGAGCAACUUAAAGUCAGAGCCGGGCAGUGCCCGCUGCUCCGCGAAGAUGAGUUUUCCUGUGGAGGACCGAUGCGCACGCCCCCGGGUGGACACACGCAAGGCCUGCUCCCUGUGUCUCCAAGCCCAGCCCUGCCAGUCUCUGGGCUCCUUCUUGGUGCCAUCGAGGUCUUGCAGGAGUUACAUUCAGGUCCGUCGUCCCGUUUCCCUAAAUGUGUGCCGCGGCCGCUAGGAUUUUAGUUCUGAUGGAGAGCGGGGCCCUUUGGGGUUGAUAGCUAGCUCUCGCUGUACAUUUGGCCCCUGGACAGAACUGUGGACUCUUAGCUGACCUCACACACGCCGGCACACACUCGGCCUUCUCGUGCUGUCUCCUGUUUUCCUUUUGGGCUUUUCGUCUGUGUCAGCCGGUCUGUCUCAGCGACCGGCUCGUGCUGGGCUUAUGCCAGCUACUCCCAGGGCUCCGCCAAGUGCAUUCCCCCCCCCCAUCACCGCGCACACUGCAGGCGUGCUUCUCCUUUGCCGUCAGCUCUGUCUCUGUCGGGAAGACCCAUCCAGGGAGGGGUCUUCCUGGGCCAGAGCUCAGGACCAGCUAGGGUGGGACGGACACGCGACUCCCAUCCUCCCGAGCCUCAUCCGUAGCGUGGUCUCCACCUCUGCACCCAAAACAGAAUCUUCCCAUGACCUUGGAAAGCAGAACCACUGUGUCUUCUGAAACCCUUGAGCGGCAGGAGAAAAGCCGUGACGGCCAAGGACCUGAAGGAGUUGAGGAGUUUAGGCUCAGAGUUUGGUGAAGCUGGUUUGUGUUUGUCCCCUGAUGGGCCGGCCUCUUGUUUCCACCUUAAUCUCACAGUUACUCAUGUGCUUGGCUUGAUUCCCAGCUGUUUCCUUCCCCCCCGCCUCCUACAAGGUUCUUUUUGGUCUUGGGUUAAAAUGCAGACAUUUCCCCCAGAUUUUGGCUUGAUCCGUGAAUUUUUCUCUGCUUUGCUUCAGAGGCUCUUCGUCCCGUCUCUUCCCUCAUCUUCUCAGUCUGACUGGGACCCGAGGCUCUGCCUUACCCGUCUUUAUCCUCCUCCAUGCCAUGGCUUCCGAGCUCCAGGGCCUCGUCCUGAGCUGCCCAUCACUUCCUCCCAGCCGUCCUCCCGCCACACCGUCUCCCCAUCAGUUAGCUGAGGGCACCACACCCUCCAAGGGCAAUGUAAUGUCUUUCUGAGGAAGGAGAGCCCCUGAAAGGGAGGAGCUUGGAGGUUGUCGAGGGGGUGAGGGCUGCUUUCCAGGAGCCAGUUGAUAGUAUGUGCCCCCCACCCCACAGGCCAAGAAACAGAACGGAACUUAGACCAUCACAGGGAGGAGGCCGGGUGGUUGAGGCCUGCAGCCUCGUCAGACCAUCGUCACAGGCAUUGCUGAGGACGGGAGUGGCAUCUCCACACCCAGCGAGAUCUGGAAGGACGGGUGUGUCGCUGUCCAAGAGGCCAAGGGCAGGGCGACCUGGUGUCGACCCUCUAAGCCGCUGGUCAGUCGAACCAGAGCCCAGGCCAGGUCUGUUUUUUUCAAGACCAGGCUCUGGUCUGCGGAAAGUGCCAGCACUGAACCGAAGGGAAACUGGGGCAAAAGGGGGCAUGUUUUGAACCCCUGUGUCUGCUCCCGUUUUGUGGAAGGAAGUGUCCGGUGUGCCUGCCCGCCGUGGCCAGGACAGCGGAGGGGCUGAGGCCUCAAGAUCGACCGUAGAAGAAGAGAAAAAUAAAACUGCUCUGGUGCUGUUUUCCCAGCCAAACCAUUGUCUCUGGCCGUUUGGGGUGUCUGCCGCCCUGUCCCCCUCUCUGCGGACACUCCUCCCGCGUGUGGGCCACGGGCUCCAGUGGGGCGACAGGCAGGCUGGGGGGAUACCCCGAGGUCACCGCAGGAAGCCAGCGCCCAGCUCUCCUGGCAGCUGCGCCCGCAGCAGCGUGGGCCUCCCUCCCUUUCCCCAGCCCCCCGUUUGCCCUCUUCCCCCGGUUCAGUGAGAGGGGGCCUGUGAGCAGAUUCUGACGUAGUUUCUUCGUGAAGCCAUUUCUGGUUUUAACUUUAUUUAUUUAUUUAUUUUUGUUUCCAACGAAACCCUGCUUUGUGAGGCCAGGCAGCAAGCCACCAGGUAAAUGUGUUUCCGCAUCGCUGGGGAGAGACCUGCACCCCGCACGCGCGCACA